CCAUGUUGUCAGAGGUGAGGAGUCUGGUGGCUCCGCAGGACCUUGAGUUGUAUGACAGGCUGGUGUUGCACCGUGAGAGGGAGGCCCACAAGAGCUGGCAUAGAGACCUGGGAGUGCUACAUCCACAGGGCCACUGCAACCAUUCGGCCUCUUUGAUCCAUGAUGCAGACCCUUCUAUGGAUGAAAUGCAGGCUUCAGAUGAAUAUUCUCCAUUCUUCAAGACUGCCCUUCUCCAUGCUCAGAGCAAGCCAUCCAAGGAGAAGGAGCAUAACCGGAAGCCUUCAGAUCCAGCUCCUAUGAGAAGUCCAAGGCACCAUCUCCCAUGCAAUCCCCUCAUCCAUCACCCCAUCUUACGCCAUGUGCCUCCCCCUGUCCCUCUUUCAUCACACCUACUGCUCCAUCCUGUUGUCCGGACCAGCACUGCUCACCUGCCUUCACCCAGAAAGUCAUCAUAACAGACAUGAACCGGCUGUCUGCAGACUCAACACAACAGCAAAGAGGGGCUAACCUGUCCCAGCUGUCAGACAGUGGCCAGACUCUGAGUGAGGACAGCGGGGUCGAUAUAGCCGAAGCAGGAGGCCUCAGUAAGGAUGGCAGCCCUCAACCCAGCAAGAACCAGCAAGGCAAUCUGGAACAGCCAGGGACCCAUGUACUUCUUCAAGGGACCAGACAACAGAGUGGUUCACUGGACCCAGUUCCCACAGCUAUGUUGGUACGAGUGGUGAAAAAUGCCAACACCCUUGGCAUUGCUAUAGAGGGGGGAGCCAACACACGACAACCAUUGCCGCGCAUAGUCACCAUUCAGAAAGGAGGCUCUGCUCAUAACUGCGGUCAGCUGAAGGUUGGUCAGGUCAUCCUGGAGGUCAAUGGUAUUUCUCUGAGAGGUCGGGAGCACAAGGUUGCUGCCCAAAUCAUAGCUGAGGCAUUCAAGAUCAAAGAGAAGGACCAAAUUGAGUUCCUGGUUGUUGAGCAAGGACUCUAG